AUGGCACCAAUACUCAGGGGAAUGAUAGUUCUACUGGCUGCUGCCAUUCUGGCAACUUCAGGAGCACAAGAACCACAUUGCAGAUUGUGUGCGGAAGAUCAAGUGUUGGUCCAAUCCGAUCGAUCCAUUCCCAAAGGGGGGACUUGUGGGGAAGUCGAUGAACUGACCAAAAACAUGACCGUGGAACAAUGUGAGGAAAAGGAACUGGACCUUAUUGUGGCGGGAGUACGAUGUGGGUGCCGUGAUCAAGUAGACUUUCCUACUUGUGGCGUCCAACAGAAUCCAGAUUUUUGUACGACAGGAUUAUUGGAUAGGGCCAAUGAAACUUGUGAAUGCUACAGCUUUUGUGGAAUGGACUUUGCGGGGUGCAAACGAUAUCCUGGUGAUCGACUAACAGCAACGAACUGCGAUACUUGGACAGUUAGUGGAUGCAACUAUGCUUCUGCCAUUGAUGCACCAAAUCCAUUCUUGUUAUGCGUUGGACUAUGUCCCGACGGAAGUUCCAUUCAGUUUCCAGAUCGUGUCAUUCCAUCCACAAGUGUCAUUCCUACACUGGAUGGUAUUAUUAGUCUCGACAACAAUAACAAUGGCACUACCAAAUUUCCAACCUGCCAGGAAGCGAAUGACUAUCUCAUCGAGUCGGAUGGGUUGGACUGUACUGUAUUACAGUCAUUAUCGCUCUAUUGUGGAUGCCAAACGUCGGCGGCUCCCACACCUACCGACGGCGUUGCGACCUUGCCUCCCGCAGUGGGCGCCAGUGACUUGCCACCGCCCUCGGCCUCGCCCACGGCACCCACCUGCACCUUUUGUCCCAACGAGCAGGCUGCGCGGAAUUUGGAGUUUCAAACGCCCAUGGGGUUUACUUGUGCCGACUUGGUGGAUUAUUUCAAGUUCCUACCGCUGCCGUUGGACUGCAAAACGGGCAAUAAUAAUGUCUUUUCGGAGGAUGGCGAUUCGACUACGGCACUCAACAGGAUUACAGAUUUUUGGGUGGACGAUUUGGAAUGGCAAUCUCUCUAUGAACAAUGCCAGUGUAGUAACCCCCCACCAGUGACAGAUGAUAAUAAUGAUGGGGCUGAUGACGAAGGUGUCACUGCGGGCGAUGGUGAUGAUAAUGGAGGAGGAGGAGGAACUGCCUCACUGAACAGUGGUGGGAGUACUUUUAUGGCUGGCGGCAAGGGACUAGUCUCCUUUUGCACUGCAUUUGGUUUGCUGUUCGCCAUGUUGCAAUAG